ACAUAUUUCUUAACACAAUUUAACAACUUUAUCUAAGCAUGUUUUAGCUUAACCUUUUUUAAAUCAAUUUGAACAUCUUAAUCUGUGUAAACUGCCAGUUUACACAGAUUCAUUCAGGGUCCCCGACUCUGAAUUUUCAGAGUCGAAUCAGAUCUGCCUUUUCAUUCCAGAGAUUCGACUAUUCGGCGGGGUUUGUUUACCGGCGUUGCUAUGGUGACCUCAAUUAUUAUAAGCAACUGAAAACGAUGCCGGUUUGAAACUAAAACUGUGAUUCUGAAAAAAAUAUAAAUGCUAUAAAAAUUCCGUUCAGAUAGUAUUGAAGAUACAAGUGUGUAGAUUUGUUUAAUGGUUUGAACGAUGGUAAACGGCUGAAAAAUGAAUAAGUUAUUACGAUGUCUAGAAGUAGGUGUAUCAGAAUGGGCUGACGUCUUCAAUGAAAACAGCUGAAAACGAAGCGGUAAGAAACUAAAACUGUGAUUCUGAAGAAAUUUUAAAUGAUAUCGAAAUUCUGCUUAAAUAUUAUUGAAGAUACAAGUGUGUAGAUUUGUUAAAUGGUUUGCACGAAGAUAAACGGUUGAAAAUUGAUUUAGUUAUGUUACUUCUACAGUUGAAGUACGACUGAUGAUUUGAAUCAUCGACUUUCAGGUAUUCUUUCGGGAUUAUUUUUUUCUCACGUCGCGCCCCCCCCUGAAGAACUCUGGCGCCCCCCAGGGGGGGCACGCCCCACAGUUUGAAAACCACUGCUAUAGAUAAUUGGCCAGACAUUCAGUCAGUGACAGACAGCUAGGGUACAAGAUAACAGCUUGCUAGCUAUGUUUACAACAUUGCUAAAAUUAGCUUAACUAACAAAGUGAUUUCCUUACUUUCAGAAUGAAUGAUUUAGAAGAGAAAGAUGCGUUGGUAGUCAAGCCGGUGGAUGCAGGCAUAAAGUGCAUUUGGAACUGGUCAUGGCUAAAAUCAGAGGCAAAAAUUGAGGUCAAGGGAGCAGAGCACACAUUCCCUUUAGUGGAUGUCUUCAAAAAAAUUAAUAAAAAAGGUUUGGCAAGGUGUAUUCUUUGCCACAAAGAAAUUAAUUAUGCGAACAAGGGCAGCCAUGCUUUGCUAGCACACUGCAAAACAGAACUUCACAAGAAGAAAGUCUACAAUAUAACGACAACGCACAGUGUGGCCCCUAGCUUUCUACCUGAGUCUGAAGCAUCCACCUCAGCUUUACAGCAAGGUCCUGAGAACAUCAGACAGCGAAGUCAGGCAAAACUUCCAACACCCACUGUGAACCGCAUAGCAAAUGCAGAGGUAGGUGUAGGUAGGCCUAUUAGUUCAGCACAGGCAGUGUCACUACUUGGGCAUAAAAGAUACUACCUGCUUUUCUAAUUUCAUCAUUUCUGUUCUAGGCCAUGGUUCUUGGAGUGAUAGCAGAGCAUUCUCUCCCUUUUGCUAUUGCUCCAGUAAUUGUUGAGUUGGCCCAGAGUCUUGCUUUGGACAAAGUGGCUUUGCAGGGAAUUAAGCUAUCUCGAACAGCGGCAGCAUACAAAAUGGUUCAUGGCCUAGGGCGAACCUUCUCUGAGCGGACCUUCUCCAACCUGAGAAGAUUUCCCUUUUCCCUAAACUUGGACGAGAGUACAUCGAACAACAACAAAAAGAUCCUCUCCAUGCUCGUCAGCUAAUAUCAUGAUGACUUCAGGAAGGUGAUGGUGGAGCAUUUGGGGUCCCUGGAGGUCAUAAAAGUGAACGCCGCUGCCUUGGAGAGGGUGCUCCGCGAGUUCUUCGAGCAAAACAAAAUACCAUGGAAACAUCUUGUAAGCAUGCUUAUGGACUCAUGUUCGGUCAUGAGGGGCAGCAAGACCGGCCUUGAAAAAAGGAUCCUACAGCACUGUCCAACCCUGCUUGAUAUUGAUGGAGACUCGUGUCACCACAUUCACAACGCAGCGAAGAAGUUUACAGAGCCCUUUGAAUACCAUCUUGAGCAGCUGUUCAAUGAUCUGCAGACAGACCAUCGGUGGUGUCCUGAUCAGGUGAUGAACCUCAAGGAGGUAUCUCAAAUUCUGAACAUCCCUGCCUCCAACCCUCAGAGGGGCUUUGUAUCCCAUCGUUGGCUCUCUGCAUAUGAUGCUAGCAUGGCAACCUACGCAAUGCUGCCAGCAUACAAGGUUCUCUAUUUUGGAUUUCUGUCUGCAGAAGACAAGGACCUUUACAAAGAGCCUCUGGAAAGUAUAUACACAAAGUACACCGUCAAUCCGACUGCAAGGGCCAGAAUUAGAACCCUACAUGAGGACCUCAACCGAAAAGGCAUGACACAGCAAGGGAAAGACAGGAAGAAAAGGGUCUGUCGAAAGGUGUGGCAUGAGGAGACUACAACGCUACUACAGCUCAGCGUUUACAUGGGUGUAUUGGCUAUCCUGAAGGAAUAUGUCAUGGUUUUCCAGGGUAGCCAGACGUUGGUGCACAAACUCCCUGACAAGCAGUUUGAGCUGUUCCUGGCUUUUUUGGCUUGCUUCAUAAAAGGGGAACACAUCACUCAAUUGUCUCCCAGGGCUCUGGGAGAAAUGGUGCUGGAGGAUAACAUGCUGCUGCCUGCCAGGGAGUUCUAUGUUGGACAGGAAGCAGACACAUUCAGGACCAGGAAUCCCAAUCAUGCGCUGCUAGAGCCAUUCCUGAAACAAGUCAAAACAGCCUACACCACCACUGCUGUCUACAUGCAGAAAAAACUUCCAUUGUCCAGCCAGACACUGAUUGCCCUGUCUUCUCUGGACCCACUUCUAAGAGGCCACUCACAGGCAACCAUCCAGCUGAAGAGGUUGGGUGGAAUGCUAGACCACCUUUUACCAGCCGUCAAGGACAUCCACAAAGAAAUCCUACUGUACAACAUUGAUCUUAACGUGCCCACGUUCAAGGAGGGGGAUAGCAUGGUGGAGUGGUGGGGUCAUGUCUUUGACAACAGAUCUAAGUACCCAGCCCUUAGUGCAAUGGUAAAAUGUGCCCUCUCCAUCUUUCAUGGACCCAGAGUUGAAUCAUCUUUCAGCCUAAUGAAUGACAUCCUUGACCCCAGAAGUGGAAACAUGAAAAUAUCAACAUUCGGUGCCAUCCAAACAGUGAAAUACACACUCCAGUCCAGGGAGAAGACGGCUGUGGAGUUGUUCAAAAGGAAGGAUGUGAGGUAUGGGGAGGUGGACCGCACACUCUGUAAGAACAUCCGGUCUGCAGGAAGCACUGACAAACUCCAAAGACAGCAGAAUAUGAUAGAAAAGCAAAGGCAGCAGAUCGAGUAUGGCUGCCAAGCAUCAGGUAGUGCUUCCUUGAGCAAAAGGCAGAAGGCUGAGGAAGAAAAGAAAGCAAGAAUGAGGCAUGCUGCAAAACAGCGAAAGCGGGCCCUUGAGACACUGGUCCAGGCCAAGAAGAAAAAUAAAUAAUGGCAUACUCCUAUUGCCCUGUCCUCUGUCCUCCUAUUGGGGCUGCCCUUGCACAUAAUAAAUUAAUGCUUUGUUCGAAAUUGUGCGCAGUCCUGUAAUUUUUUUUAACUUGUGACUAACCCUAAUGCAUUAAAAAAGUAAUACAAAUGUAAAAGAAAACUCCCCGGAGUAUAAACCUGGAACCCUAUAGUGGGUCUGUGUUUUUCUCAGCUCACGCAUCAUUCUCACCUUUUUCACCCCGAGCCAGUUUGCAUGCCUGCAUAGAAUAUACUCAUUAAUUUCUACCACAGUAUUCCC